AUGAGGAACCCCGCCACUGCCCCCUGGAACGUCGGCAUCUCUCGCAACGACGUCGAAAAGGUCCUCCGAGGCUUCAAGCCGACAGCAAUGGAGGACCGCUGGAUGUGCCGUGCGGAUUCGCCAGACGCGCGCGGCGACUUCGUGGUGCAUGUGCACAGAAGCUGGACUGGGGAUGAACUGCUUCGCAUGAACGUAGUCUUGGCGGUUCCAAACGGGGACAAGGCGUCGGCACAUAGCAACGACCGUCACGCCACGAUAACCAAUAUCAUUUGGGACAGGGGAGAAGGCUCGUUCCUCGCUACCGAGGUAGAGGCCAAGGACCUAGCAAUUGAUGUGUGCCGGGGUGUGCUGGGGUGUGACUUAACACACACGUAUACGAGAUAUACCGAGAACGAGCACUCAUCCGCCGUCCACCAGCUUUCUCUCUUCGCCACCACAUACACUGAAACCUCUUUACAAUCAUCCAUUAUUAAAAUGCGUGCCGCCACCUUCAUUGCCACAUACUUCCUCACUGCGAGCGCUGCAGCCCAAACUAUCUACUGCUGCACUUCCAACGAGAUUGACCAAGUUGUGGUGGAGAAAGACGAGACAAAGGUCUGUUGCCAGAGUUCUGGAGGCAGGAUCGAACAGACCACGUCCACCUGCGACUUCUGA